AGGUGAGUAAUCACCUGACUUCUCGCGUGUGAGUUUGACAACGGUAUUUUCGGGCGAUUUGCCAAGUGUGGUGUCCAAGAAGGUAUCAGCACGGCAUAAGAAGCACAGUGGACCGAAGUGUUGUUGGACAAAUAUCGCCACUGUUUUAUCAGACUUGGAUGCCUUUUCGUCAGUCAGUCCUCCGUGGACUGUGGCAGUAUUGUGUGUGCAGAGCCAUAAAACACCCAAAGUGAUCGAAUAUCGUCUUAGCAGUGGAUUAUAUAAUUGUGCCAUAUAUAGAGUAAAUAAAGUAUUGCAGUAGAAAUUCACCUAUUAUAAACUGGAGAAGCAGAAAAAUUCAUCAUACCACCCAUUAUCGACUAAUAAACAGUUCAUCGAGCAAUUGCAGCAGCAGUGACAACUUUUGCCUAAAUGAUUGCACUGACAGUCGGAUCAAGAUGUGGAAGUAUGUGUCUGCUCUAUUGACUCUGGGCUUGACGUCUUCUGCGGUGAAGGGAGGCCCUCUGGAUCCGUUCAGCUGGGCCAGGGCCGACAAAAUAACCAUCGACGUUAAUCUGCCAUGGUUGCCAUUUGAGAACGAGACGCGAUGCUUCGGCGAAAUUGGCUGUCUCAACAUCACACGCGAAUGGUAUCACCUCAUCCACCGUCCCUUCAAUGUCUUCCCACUGCCCAGGAACAUCAUCAACACACGCUUCAAUCUCUACACUCCAAAGAAUCCACUUCAGUCGCAAAAUCUUGUCGCCGAGGACGAAAAGACCAUCAAAGAGUCAAAUUUUAAUGCAGAUUGGAUGACCAAGAUCAUCAUCCAUGGCUUCAUUGACACGCCACUCUCAAACUGGGUCUCCGAGAUGCGAGACGAAUUGAUUGCGCGAGGGAAUCUCAAUGUCAUCGUGGUGGACUGGGCCGGUGGAUCCCUGCCCCUUUACACCCAGGCCACCGCCAACACGAGACUCGUGGGCCUCGAGCUGGCUUACUUGCUGAAGAAGCUGCAAGAGAUUUCCGGUUUGCGAAUGGAAGAUGUGCACAUGAUCGGGCAUUCCUUGGGUGCUCACACAGCUGCUUACGCUGCCGAGAGAACUCCCGGAAUUGGACGGAUAACAGGUCUUGAUCCUGCUGAACCCUACUUUCAAGGAAUGGGUCCUUCCGUGCGCUUGGAUCCGUCUGACGCCCAGUUCGUCGAUGUCAUCCACACAGACGGACGGAGUUUCUUCCUCCUCGAGAUUCCUGGCUAUGGAAUGUCUCAGCCUUGCGGUCACCUGGACUUUUUCCCCAACAACGGCAAGGAGCAGCCCGGAUGCGCUCUGUCUCAAGAAGGCGGCACUCUUAUUCCUCUCACUUUGAUCAAGGAUGGCAUCGAGGAGGCUUCUCGGGUUCUUCUGGCCUGCAACCACGUCAGAGCCAUUAAACUCUUCAUCGACAGCAUUAACGGAAAGUGUCCGUAUGUCGCCCAUCGGUGUCCUUCGUAUCAGCAUUUCCUGAGCGGAAGAUGCUUCAAGUGCACAUCCGGGAACUGUGCUUACAUGGGAUAUCAUGCCACGAUGCCCAUUUCGGGUCAUCACAACUCCUCGGAGAACGAUAUUAUACCGUCUGAUGUGAGUGAGCCAAUGGCGCCACAGCCUGGGAAAUACUUCCUGGCCACGGGAAAGGACUAUCCCUUCUGUCAGCGUCAUUACCGAUUCACGAUAGAGCUGGCCAAGCCGAGGGACGCCGAGACCUGGGUGCAGGGAUAUCUCUCUGCGGCCAUCUUCUCAGACCGCGGAGCCGUCAGGGGUGUUGAUCUGACCCCAAGAGGAACAGCACGGCUCGAACACGGAACAACAUAUCAGGUGGUCGUCACUAAUCCUCAUGACUUGGGAGAUCGCAUUCGAAAGGUUGAGCUGAAUUGGACACACGAGAUGAACGUGCUUCAGCCGAGAUCACUUUGCCUCCUCUUCUGGUGCAACGAUCACUUAUACGUGAAGUCUGUCACCGUGGAGAUUAUGCAAAUGCCAUCGAGAGGAAAGAGAAACAGUGGCUCAUCGAAUAAGCUGUGUGCGCCCAAGAGAGAGUACGCCGAUAUUGCGAAUCGCGGAAUGUCUGUCUUCUACGACAACUGCAAGAGAUGAAUACUGGGUCCCCUUUAAACGGUCGCUCCACUUUCUCUUCAAGUAUUACUACUUUGUCGUUAAGUACUCCUGAAUUUACUACUUCCAAGGAUCAGUGAAUCUAUGUGAUAAUUAUACAUGAUGUUAACUAGUGUUUACUUUUGUACCCUGUACAAUGUCUAUUUUUUUUUAAAUAAAAUCAAAAAUGAUCUUA